AUGGCUAAAAAGUUUGAGAUUAGCAUGAUGGGUGAACUAAAAUUCUUUUUAGGUUUGCAGGUUAAACAAUUGGCUGAUGAUAUUUUUGUUUGUCAAGCCAAAUAUAUUGCAUAUAUGUUGAAGAAGUAUGGUUUCUCUGAUUGCAAGACGGCUAAGACUCCGAUGUGCCCAUCAGCGUCUUUUGGAGCUAAUCCAAAUGGAACUAAUGUGAAUGAACCUCUGUAUCGAGGAAAGAUAGGCUCUCUACUCUAUCUUACUGCCAAUUACCUUGACAUUAUGUUUGCUACUAUAUUGUAUGCUUGUUAUCAAGCCAGUCCUAAGGAAUCUCAUCUUCUUGUUGUGAAAAGGAUCUUCCGGUACUUAAACUAUACACCCAAUCUUGGGUUAUGGUAUCCUCGUCAUUCUAAGUUCAAGCUGGUGGGAUACACUGACUCCGAUCAUGGUGGAUGUGGCAUUGAUCGUAAAAGCACUUCAGGAGGAGUUGAAAUGAUUGGAGAUAGAUUGGUAAGUUGGUCUAGCAAAAUGCAGACAUUAGUGGCUUGCUCUACAACUGAAGCUGGAUAUGUAGCUAUUGGAAGGUGUUGUGCUCAGAUUCUAUGGAUUCAAAAUAAACUCUUAUAUUAUGUUCUAAACUUCUCAAAGACUCCCAUCUAUUGUUACAACACCAGUUCCAUUCAUAUGAUAUAG